AUGGCCAACGAACAAGUAAUAAAUCGUAAUAAACAAGAAAUGUCUACAAACAAUGUAUCAAAUAGCAUUCAAAAUUCUGAUAAGAGUAAAGAUGCAAAAUCAUCCAAUGGGAUUACUAUUCCUAUUCAAAUAGUUUUAUCAAUUGCAUUAGGCAUUAUAUUCGGUUUUUUAAUGAACAAAGCAAAUAUUUAUCUUGCUCCAAUGAUUCGGGAGCAAAUGUUAUUUACACGCUUAGCAAUGAUUAAAAUGUUUCUUGCUGCUGUUGGAAUGUCAAUGUUAAGUGUAGUUUGUAUUAUCCUUAUUAAUGAAUCAACCUAUAGAAAUGUCUUUAAUGGAUUUAUUAAGCGUAACGAGCGUAUUAAUGCUUUUCAUCUUAUUAUGGGUGGCAGUCUUAUUGGAGUCGGCAUGGUUCUUGCUGGAAGUUGUCCAGGAACAAUAUUUGUUCAAAUUGGAUCAGGUCUACGAAACUCUCUUAUAACAUGUCUUGGUGCUAUCUGUGGAGUGUUGUUUUAUUAUCUAUUUCUUCAUAAACUUUUGACAAAACAUGAACUGCCAAAAUCAUCAAUAGUUCUACAGCAACUUCCAGAUUUAAUUGGUAUAAAACGUAUUUAUGUGAAUUUAAUAUUUGGUUUAAUAUGUAUUAGUAUUGCAUUUAUUCUUGAAUAUUUUUUUCCCUAUAAAUAUGAUUUAACUAAAUCAAGUGGAUUUCAUAGUCUACAUGGUUGGUCACCAGCAUUAUGUGGUAUUGGUAUUGGCUUGUUGCAAUUAUUUUUCAUGAUUUUAUUUAAAAAAUCAUUAGGUAUAUCAACAGGAUUUUCUGUAUUAGUUGCACAAAUAUGUCGUGUACCAGUUUUUAAACAAUUAAUACCAUCGUUAGAAUCAUUCACUUACGGAAUACAAAAUACGUUGACAUUAUUAUUUGCAUUUGGAGCUAUUGUAGGAAGUUUCAUUUCAACAGUUUUAAUGAAUCAAUUUCCUUUAAAUGAAAAAUAUGGUGCAAAUGCUUGGAAUAGUUUUUUCGGAGGAUUUUUGUUAUUAGUUGGUGCACGUUGUGCUGGUGGUUGUACAAGUGGACAAGGGAUUUCUGGUGUUUCUCAUCUUUUGAUUGGCUCUCUCAUUGCCACUGCAGCAAUGUUUGGUGGUGGGAUAAUUUUUGCUGUAAGCUAUGGCUUGAUAACAAACGACUGGCAAUUUCAUGCUUUAUAA